AUUUCCACUUUCAUCCUCACUUGUUGCUCUUCUCUCAUCAAGGGGCCUGUAAAUCAGACUACGGUCAGCGCAGAGCGAGCUCUAAAAGAACCGGUAGUGUUAGUCAGUCUGAAGUUUCUGCCCCCUCCUCCGCUCUGGUCUGGUCAGACCCCUCCCGUAGAGAUGCUCCCCCAGGCGCGCGAGCGGCAGCCUCACUAGCCUCACUACCGCACGUCCCCUUGGAGACUAGGAGCACGUGAUGCGUCCGCUUAUCAGGUUUAGUGAGCAGCGCUUCGGUACCGACUCGGAGGGAGGAAAAAAAAAGGAAGAAAAGUGAGUUUUCGGACUGCUGCUCGUCGACUCGGUCGACGGUUUUGCUCGCCGGAGGCCGUUAGGAAAGCGAGUGAUGCAGAACACUUAGUUGACGAACUUUUGCACAUCCUCCAAAACGCCAUUUUGGUCGCUCUCCGGAACAAGUUUGCAUUUUUUUCCUCCUCUCUCUCUCUCUGUCUCUCUCUCACUCGCUCCCUUCAAAGUCCAUCCUCUCUUUUCACCAUCCUCACCGUCUCUCGGCCCAACGGACAACUCGAACGUAAUAUGAGCAGAGGCUGCCAUUCCUCUCCCCUCACCCUGAGCCUGUGGCCUUGCACCUCUGUGACCCACUGACUUGUAUUCCCUGAACUCAAAAUAGAAAUGGAGAGUGCCUUACCCGAAAAGAGUCGUGUUGAAGGUGGAAUUGGUCCUGACAGUAGCAAAUCCUUUCAGCAGACCGAGGAACCCUCCAAAAAACCUCGACAGCCUGUGGAAGAAAAGCUAAAGAAUGAAAUGGACCAUGCUGGAGUAUUACAACAAGAAAACGGAACUGAGGAAGAAAAGGAGAAGGAGGGAGAUGAGCAGGAGAUGGAGGAAGGUGGAGAGGAAGGAGAUGAGUCCUGUGCCAAUUCCAUGAUGUGUACUGAAACCAAAACUGGCCAAGUGAAUGGAGGAGCAGAGCCGGUUACCUCAAAUGCAUCCCUCAAAACCCCCAGCAAGUCACCCUCUGCCAAUCGCACUGGGAGGAGAAAUCAGGAAGUGAAAGAACGCUCAACAUUCAUCUGUCCCCUGUGUGAAAAGAACUGCAUGACCCAGCACCAGCUCACUAUGCAUAUAAGACAGCACAACACGGAGACCGGAGGUACUGACCACUCCUGCAGCAUCUGUGGAAAGGCCCUGAGCUCGGCCAGCUCUCUGGACCGCCACAUGCUUGUACACAGCGGAGAGAGACCCUACAAAUGCUCAGUGUGCGGCCAGAGCUUCACCACCAACGGCAACAUGCACAGACACAUGAAAAUUCAUGACAAGGACCCAAAUAAUGUCCCUGCCUCCAGUCCUGCCUCCCCAAACAAGCGCCGUAGACCUAGUGUCAAGAGGAAGCCAAGUAUAGAGGAUGAUGGAGAGAAAAUCGAUGAACCACCCGUUAAAAAGGUAUUGACGGUGCAGCAGUCAGAAGAAGAAGGACCUGUAAAGCGUGAGGAAGAACUGUUGCACUGUCCAAUUUGCUUCAAGACAUUCAUCUGUAAAUAUGGUUUGGAGUCACACAUGGAAACACAUCCUGACACUGCACUCAGGUGUAACCUGUGUUGUAUCACCUUCCGCACGCACCGUGGCCUUCUUCGUCAUAAUUCGGUUAUUCAUAAGCAACUGCCCACAGAUCCCACUGGAAAACCUUUCAUCCAGAGCAACCCUUCAAUCCCCCUGGGUUUCAGCGAUCUGUCCUUCAUUGACUUUUCCUGCCACAAGUUUCCACAGAUUGCACAGGUUUGGUGUGAGACAAACUUGCGACGCUGCUCGAGCAAGUUUCAUAGGUUUGUUUGUGAAGUCUGCAACAAGGCCUUUCCUCUUCAGGUAUCUCUGGAUCUACACACACCCUCGCACAAAGCUGGUGCAGAUGCCUGUGCUGAACCCCAGAAGCAAGAAACUGACACUAUUGCAGAAGUACCUAAAAACCCUGUUUCUGUGGCUUCCAAAGAGGAAGCUGAUGCAACACCACAUAAGGACCCCCAUGCUGUAAACGGACAAAAAGAUUUCAUGGCAUCCCUCGGUCUUCAGCUUUCUUCGCUUGCCGAGCCUGAACAGUCUGAGGAGGAGAUGCAGCAAGAAAUUUUAGACAGCAUCCGUUUUAUAAAUGUUGAGACCCCAGCAACAGAUCUACCUCAAGAGACCGGCAGCAGUCUUGGCCUCUGUCUUCUAGACCCUGUUUCUAUUCAAGGCUUGAACAAGAGCACUGGACUCAGCUUCCUGUCAUUGCAGCCACUUCAGGGUGGACUUGUCAACAGUAGUUUGGUUGUCCGACCGGUGAAUAGUCAAACGGGAGUGGAACUGGCUGACAUCCAGCAGAUCCUGAAGAUGGCUACCUCUCAGGUGUCUCUACCACUGCUUCCAAAAGGUCCUGGAAGCCCUCUACAGGCUGAUCCCAAACAGAUUACCCCUCUCAAACCCAAGCCACUGGUGACUCCUCGAUCCAGCAUGGGAACUUCCACAACACCUCCACCUGUUAUGAAUGCCCAGCAAGCUUCUUCAGGUUGCAUCAGCCCUGGCUUACCACCCCCUACAGGCCAGCUUCUUCUCACUUCUAAGCAGUCAUCAAACUCAUCUUCGUCCUCUUCCUCUCCUACUAACUGGGAGAACACCCUUGUAGGGGCCGAGGGAACAGGGGCAACAAAUUUGACGUACAACUCAUCUACUGCAAAUAUCAAACAAGAAGAGUCUGGGGGUAAAGAGAAAGAUAUAAGAGUGUCGAGUGGCAAGAAGACCACCAAGACAGAAUACCCUUGUCGUUUCUGUACACAGGUCUUCUCCUUCCCAGGAGGCCUCCAGGCACAUAUGAGGCAUCACUUAGGAACCUCUCCAUACCAGUGCAGCAUCUGCACCUACGCUGCUCCAGACAACGCCACGUUAAUCCGUCAUUUACGAACGCACAGCGGUGAACGGCCGUACGUCUGCCGCCUCUGCCACUACCCUUUCACUGUCAAGGCCAACUGUGAGCGCCAUUUGCGCAAGAAACACAUGAAAAACACCCGAAAAGAGAUUGAGAAGAACAUUGAGUAUGUUACCACCUCCUCUAGUGCAAGCGGUUUAACUGGUGGCACUACACUGGACCUCCUAGAUUCGGCUGGUACAGGUAACACAUCCUGCCGUUACUGUGGAGAGGACCUGAAGAGCUACAGGGCUCUCCAGAUUCACCUGAGAACUCAUAACGGCUGCCAGAAGAAGCCGUUUGAAUGCCGCCAGUGUGGAGCAGCCUUCCUGGCCAAAAGGAACUGUAUUCAUCAUUUGCUUAAGCAGCACCCAGAUGUUCCUGAGAGGGAGAUAGAGGAACACAUAAACACUUCUGUUCCUGUCACAGCUGCCUCUUCUGUCCAGGCCAACUCUCCUGCUCCAGCCUCAAACGGGCUUUCACAUGCUGUUCAGCCUCAAUCUGGUAAACAGGACCAUAAUAGCACCUUGCUUGGAGCUGCUGAUCAAGACCAGCCCUUGGAUUUCUCCAGCAAGUCCUUGAAAACUGGCUCAGAUAUAAAACCUGAGGCAGCUGCUUCCUCUCUGUCAUCAUCUAAUGACUGCUCCAUGGAGCCCAUUGACCUCUCCAUUCCUAAGGACUCUGAAAGAAAGAAAGUAAAGAGAGAAUCAGUUGGUACCACAUCACCGCAUCAGCAGGAGGUCAGGAAAGAGGCUUCUUCCUCAAGCACAGACAAGUCUUUAGUAAAGAUCUCUGGUGUCCAUGCAUCUCUUCCACUCUCUAUCCCUACCCUUGGCUCCACUCUAACAGGUGAUUUAGUCAAGCUCACCACACGCCUGAAGCCACUGUUGCCCAAACCAGUUGCUGCCUCCAACACGACAGAGAUGCCCCCUCUGGCCUCCAUUGCCCAGAUAAUCUCCUCUGUGUCUGCUGCUCCGGUGCUGCUCAAAACAGGGAUCAGCACUGAGAAAAGUGAUGGGCUAAUGGGUGGCGAAACACUAAAUGACAAAAAGUGUUCCAGUGGCACUGCUAGUCCUGAGUGCUCCUCUGGCAGUGGCUCUUCAGUUCAUUCUUCAAAGAGGAGAGGAAAGAAAAGGCCAUUCAAGGAAGACGUAUGUAGUCCUGUGUCUGUCAGUGGGAUUGAUCUGGAGUCCAGCGGAGAAUUUCCAAGUGUGGAGAAAAUGCUCGCCACUACUGAUGCAAACAAAUUCAGCCCGUACUUACAGCCGAGUCAGGUGGAGCCAGUGAAGGAGGAGCUGGAGAAGGAGAAACUGUCUGCCAGUGAAGAGGAGAAGGAGGGUAAAGAGGAAAAACAGAAGGUCCAGUUGCAGAGCAAAGGGAAGAAGAAUGCCUAUUCAAACUCGGUGCAGAAGAUGAAGUGUCCCUACUGCCCUCGUGUGUUCCCUUGGACCAGUUCUUUACAGAGGCACAUGCUUACACAUACAGGCCAAAAGCCAUUCCCGUGUCCCGAGUGUGAUGCAUUCUUUUCCACCAAAUCCAACUGUGAGCGCCACCUUCUUCGUAAGCAUGGCGUAUCCAAUCGCAACAUGUUGCAGAACGCUGGCCCACGACUCAAACCCAAAGCUGAUGAGGGGUCACAGGGAAGUACAGAUGGUGUUUCUGAUACUGAGCCUGCUGUGGUUGGAGAUACUGUGAGUCCUAGAAAGGAUGAGGAGAGCACACCCACUGACGUUUUGAAAGAGCAACCCAAACACAUAGCCACAGAACAACCAGAGUGCAAGGAGGAUGUGGAAAGCUCACAGUCCGUUGAGUGUACGGAUAGCAAUGAGAAUGAUGAUUCUCAGAGCAAUAAGAGUCUGGAUAUGAACUUUGCCAGCAAGCUCAUAGAAUUCAAACUGUCAGGAGCUGAGCAGCAGCAGCCUGACGUUGUAGCACCUACAGUGGAACCUGAGAAUCCUGCAUCAGAGGAAUUUCCUCACACGUGCUGUACCUGCAAAAAGACCUUCCGCCAUGCGGCUACCCUGAGCCGGCACCAAAAGAUUCAUUUGCAGGAGACCCAGCUGGAGGAUGGAGGUAAAAAAGGGAGAAAUCAGCCUGCAGAGUCUACCCAACUCACCAACACCAGCACCAGCACCAGCACCUCCCCUGUAAACAAAGAGAAACCUGCCGAGAAAGAAGAAAACAGAAUCGAUAUGGAGACUGAAACAGAAGAUGAGAGGAAGGAGGGGCCGAAUGAGGAGGAAGAGAAUAGCUCCUCAGAGCUAAGAGGGUUGGAGGAGGAGAAUGAGUCUCCAGGAGGUAAAACUGACAAGAGGAAGAAGAUUUGCAACGUGUGCAGCAAACGCUUUUGGAGCCUGCAGGACUUGACCAGGCAUAUGCGUUCGCAUACUGGAGAAAGGCCUUACAAGUGCCAAACAUGUGAACGGACCUUCACGCUGAAGCACAGCCUGGUCAGGCAUCAGCGUAUCCACCAGAAGACGCCAGAUAGCAGAGGGGCCGAGGAUGCAGACGACCCUGAAGAGGCCGACGGAGAAAGAGACGCCAGUGCUGCAGAUGGAGACGAGCUUCAGUGUUCUUCUGGAAGUGAAAGCGAGACAGCUGGUCCUACUGAUAAUGAGGUUGAGAGUAAUGGGGCAGCGCCUCAGGCAGACGAGGGUGAAGGACAAGCGGCCGAGGAAUCCACAGAAAAACACCAGGCGGUGGACGACGAUGUUGGCGUCGAGGAAGAGAAAGAUUCCACAGCAGAGCCUCCCAAAGAGUCUCAAACAAAGGAGCCUCAAGAAGGGGAAUCUAAUGCAAUGGAACCUCACAAGGAUGCCUCUGUGGACCCCCACCCACCUGGCAACCCGAAAGCCAAAGAGAUGGGUGAUUCCAGUCUUACGGAUAACCAGUGAGCUGCGGACAAACCUGUUCCGUAAGGAGGCCGAGCAGACGUGUAUUCUGUGCCAUACUUCAGUGACCUUCCACAAACACUAAAAGACGACUGGCAUCCACCAAUAACUGCUUCAUGCAGCUGCAACAUGCGUAAAAUAUCCAAAACUGGAGACGACUCAAUGAUUUUUCUCUCAAUGCCUUAAUGAUUUUUUUUUCAGAGAUUUGGAUCAAUAUGACUAUAACUGGACAGUAUAAUUUUUAAUCAAAUGUAUAAGAUUGUUUUUUUAAUUAAUCAUAUAUAAGUCUUUAUAUCAGAUUAGUACGUUUUUGUAUGAUAAGCCGACAGUUUAUAUUAGCACCAUUUAUAAUGUAUUAUUCUUAAGUAAAUUCCAGUUUGUUUUUAGUCUUUUUUGCUCAAAUGGCAUUCUACAGAUGAAGUGCCUGAGACCUUUUCUCUUUGGAAUUCUGAGACUAGGCUUCUUUAGGUUUUUGGAGGACUUGUUGUGUAACUCAGUGGCCUUAUGUUUUCAGUUGGGGUGAUCAUUGGUCAGUUGUUUAUUGGCAAUAUUUGCCUGUUGUGUACAUUUUCUUCUCUUUUGAACGUCACUGAUUUAUGAUGCUCUCCGGAGUGAUCAUAGCCGGCAGUUGAGACAGCUCCCCCUGGUGGUUUGGGGUGUAAAGCCUGACAUUAAGAUACUGACCAUGGGCAAAAGCUUGUACUGUACUACGCUUAAAGAAUUCCACUGACAUUUAAAAAGUUCUGCAUAAUUAAAUGGUUAAGAUGUGAACAAAGUUAUUCAGAGUGAUUUGAUGUGAAAUUUUCCAUUUUAGAGAAACUUAGCAAGUGGUCGCAAGAACUGCUCACAGUGGUGGUGAUAGGAACCAGACGUCCUAUCACCACCACUGAGAACAAUUCUGUCGAUCAGUCGCCUGAAAGCUAGUCUUGUGAUCAAUGCGAUGAAAGCGCUUAAUGUGCCUGAAAGCUAUGUUACAGAAUGUCAUCACAUGAACUCUGCCCCAGGCCUAAAACAUUGUUUUAAAAUAAUUUUGACCUAAAACAUAACUUUUAAAAGCAGAUGAGUACAUGCCUUAGGUUUUAAGGCAAAGUAGUCCCCAAAGAAAAUGUGUUUUUUCUCUAAAAACUCAGAAGACACAUUUAUGGACACAUUUAGGUUCACUGGUCAUUUUGGACAGUAAAUGAAAUGGCUACAUUUGCACUGUAGACAUUGUGACCUCUGGUUCCUAUCACCACCACUGUGAAGAAAUACAAGUUUGUGAGUUUCUCCACAAUGAAUCAUUUUGCACCAGAACACUCUGAAUGACAUCGUUUACAAUGACAAAAUUAUGAAGACGUUGUCCAUUGGAUCUUCUGUUCCACUGAUGUAUUCGGUCCAAGUGGUGCAUUGAAGCUGUACAGGCUGAAUCCACUGUAGUUGACCACAGUCUCUCCCACCAAGUAGAUGUCUAGAUGUCCACUGUAUGAAAUUGCCAUCAGUAGACCACACAAGCUUUUGCCCACAGCCGCCGUGUCUUUGCUUUCCACACUUUGUAUUUAAUUCCAAUGUGAAACAAAGUGCUUUUUUACAUUUCAGUGAUGUUUGUGGGUUUUAUACUUGAAAUCGCCCUGCUGUCGUUUGCCUUGCCUACUACAACAAUGCUGUUCGCACUGCCGCCUAUACUUCACCAGUUAGUACCUCAACAGUUAGCGAAUCUAACCUCGUAGACUUCCCUCAGUUCAACAGAGGUUUUCUCUAAGGCCUUAUAAGAUGUGACCGAACACGCUUCACCCCAAUCAACGAUGGAAUGCUGUAUCUCAGAGCCAAACGCAACUAUGCAACGUUACAGAUGAGCGAUAACCCCAUCGGAGAGAGUAUCACAGUUAGUCUCGAUUUGCGAAAGGUCUUUAAACUCCAGCUCUGACAAGGUUUUCACAGAUUUUGUCUGGUUUUCUCCAGCUGGGGUUCAAGGAAACACAACAAAUGGACACGUCACUAUAUUUGCGGAAACAAAUCAUUAUUAUUAUUAUGAGAAAUGUGUGCUUGCUUAUGGUUCGUCAUGUGUACGCGCAGUUCUAUCAGCAAUAGAGAACACACUGAAUAUUUUAUGUAUUUAUUGAUGAUCCUGGGGAGAGUGGUCCGAGCUCACGCGAGAAGCCAUGUGGACUCCCGUAUGUUGCUACAAGGAGAAUCAAAAAAAAAAAGAUGACCGUAGCACUGAACAAUCUUGAAGUUCUUUAUAUUAUCGCUUAUUUUAUGGAUCGUAAUUCUGAUGCCUGAGCUGUUUGCCAUAAAUUACGUUUUGUUAUUGUCUUCUUUGUUUGCAUUAACGCAGCCCCCACAACACACAUGUGCAUUAACAAAAUACAUUAUCGUGUCUGAACCUUGAGCGGUUUCAUUCGAGUUUGAUUUAGUAGUAGAGUAGUGAUUUUUUUUUUUUGCAUGUCUAAUUUGGUGGUUACCAAUUCUUCUCUUUCUCAGGGCCUUUUUCAAAUUAUGCAUAUGCUUUGUGGGUGGAGUAUUUGUUCUCAUUUCUACAGCGAGCAAAGCAAUCACUACAGUUACUACAUGCAUAUGAAUGUGAAUUUCUUCAGGAAACCAACUGCCUUUGGCUUCAUCUCAAUGCUGUACAUCCUCUUUUUCAUCCUCUGUAAUACUGCAUGUUUUAACCGUUCAGCUGUUUCUGUUUUAUCACUGUCAGAUGACUGCAAAGGGAUUGCACAUGUUUCUCAUGUAUUUGUUCAGUUUUAGAAAGCUAGUGUUUUUUUUCCCCAGCCCUGUUAUUUGAUUAAAUCAUUCAAACAAUAAAUAUACACUAAGAAAGAGUGAGAAAUUGAA